UGUUAAAGGCAAGUUUGAGAUUAGCCGAUCGGUUCUGCUGGAUGAGUGGAUCAAAGGAGGUCGAAAUGACAAGGCCUUAGUUGACUGGGUUGUUGGCGAAUUUAAAUUUAAUGAUAUUAAUAUUGACGAGAAAGCUAAAAUCGCUAAGCAAAUCAGAAGCUUUCACCUGUAUAUGACGAAAAAUCUGGCUAAAUGUAAACGUACAAUUGAAGCAUUUAAAAAAAAAAAAAACAUUUUAGUUGGCUUUCAUCCACUAUGAUGGUUGUCUUGGAGGAAAAUAACAACCAAAUCGCUUCAGACUGUCAAAAGGGACGACCACGACUCCCUUACAGUGAUGCAGGAUCACGGCUCAAAAGAAAAAUGGCAACGGAUCUGGCUAAUAUUGAAGAAAAUAAUACAAGUUUUCUUGUCCAUGCAGCAUCAAUUUCAGCCAAAAAGGAAAAAAUGAGCGAUACUACUUUUGUAUUAAAACAUUCCAUUUCUACUUCAUCUGCAUCCACUGAAAUUAGAAAGAAAUUGAUAUUCUCAGAGCCAGUACCGCUCACACCAAUUCAGGCUCUUGCAUUUUUGAUUGACAACUCUCUAACCAAAGCCCAAUACAACGGCAUGAGAGCUUUGAAUAAAACACAAUUUAGCAAUAAUUAUCCAUCGUAUAAUAAAGUCAGCGAAGCUAAAUUAGCGUGUAGACCAGCGGGAGUUCAUGUGACAGAAACCAGAGAAAACAUAACAGAUGUCAAACUGAUCGCAAGCUAUGGAUUUGACGGUACUACCGGGCAGAGUAUGUACAAGCAGAGAUUCUUAGAAGAUGAAUCCCAUCUCAAAGACGACUCAGUUUUCGUUACCAGCCUCAUUCCAUUAAAAUUAACAGAUGAUUUAGAGACACCGUUAUGGAUAAAUAAAAGCACCCAAUCAGUAAGAUUUUGCAGACCCCUAAAGAUUGAAUUCACUAAAGAAACAAAAGAACUUAUUUUGGCGAAAAAUAGUUGUCACUUUUUCCCUUCAUCUCACAUUAAUUGACGGAAAGGUGUUGAAUAUAAUAACCGGAACGAAAUCUUGCCAGGUGUGUCCUAUCUGUGGAGCCAGUUCAAAGGAUUUUAUGAAAACCACCGAAAUAUCAAACUUUAAGGCUAAAUUUGAAAAUCUAAAUUAUGGCAUCCUCUGCACGCAUGGAUCAGAUUUUUCGAGUUUGUACUUAAAAUCUCAUACAAACUUCAAUUGGAAAAGUGGCAAACAAGGGAUAAAAAAGAAAGAGACAUGAUAACAUGCCGUAAACAAGAAGUACAAAAUUAUUUUUGACUCAAAUGGGAUUACAUGUCGAUAAGCCAAAGCAAAACGGAAGUGGAAAUACGAAUGACGGAAACACCGUAAGAAGAGCAUUUAAGAGCACAAGGCAACUUUCAUCAAUAUUAGGAUUAAAUUAUGAAAUUUUGCACAGGUUUUAUAUAAUUUUAGUAGCUAUAUCUUGCGAAUUUCAUAUAAAUAUUCCUAAAUUCAAACAAUUCUGCCAACGAACUGUAUCAAUGUAUAUGGAUCACUAUAAAUGGUAUCCGAUGUCAGCAACUGUCCACAAAGUUUUGAUUCACGGUCCGCAGAUAAUAGCAUCCUCGGUUUUACCUAUUGGUUGCUUUGGAGAGAACGCAUCUGAAGAACGCAAUAAAUUCUACAAGCGCGAUAGACGAUCAUAUUCGAGACAAAGUUCUCGUGUUAACAAUUUAUCGGACGUAUUUCACCGAUCCAUGGAUUCAUCCUUUACUUUCUAGCCUAAAAAUAAACAAAAGAUCGUCUCAAAAUAAAAAAAGCGCUUUGCCGAAAGAAGUCAUCAAUCUUUUAGA